AUGUCUAAGAAUAUUGAAUUAAAGAACUACUGCGUUAAAACUUAUAAUGAAAGUGAUUCAGAACAAUAUCACGAAAUUGAUCAAGAUGCUUUGGUAAAAGAAACUACAUUUACUAUAUCACCGUCGUCAAAACAUAUCAAUGCUUACGAUUUCUUCACUCAGCAUAAUGUAAAAACUAAAGAAAAAAGUAAAGGGAAAAAGAAAAAAGCGAAGAAUAAUAAGUCCUCUAGUAUUAUGGAUAUAAUUAAUUCGGAAUUAACUUCUGCGACACUACCUAUACGUGAGAAUGUUAUUGAAUUCGUAAAUCAUGACAAACUACAGAAUGUUUAUCAUAAAACUGCUACAUUAAAAAUGUUGAAAUGGAACCAUUCAGAUGUUGAACGAGGGCGAAAAUUAACAAAUCCUGUCAAUCUUAGCCCGACGUUUCCGAAGGUUCUUGAAAAUACAAGCGCCAAGGAGUUCCCAGUCGGCGUUCAUUACUCCGACCCGGUGAUGUUUAAUCUACUGAUGGCUGAUUACACAGCUGAUGAUGGCUUAAUACAAAGUCAGAAGUUUCUCAACUUUGAAAUACUAAAUAUGAAAUUCAUUCAUCAUUAUAAAUUUUCCCUCGAAACAUUACUAAUAGUGAAGUUAAUUGACUGUUACAAUGAAUAUCUGAGUAUUGAAAACUCACUAAAAGAGUUAUGUAGAAAUAUUAAAAUAAGUAGAGAAACUAAGAACAAUUUAAGACAACAGCUACUUAAAAUUAGUGACAGUAACAAGGAUGGCGUAAGAUUUGAUGCUACCCUUCUAAAAUACACUAGAGCAUUAUUUUAUUAUAAAGAUGCGUACAUGGAAAUGUUAAAGAAAGAAAAAGAAACUGUACAUAAAAUACUUUCCUUGUGGUCCGAUGUAGAAAUGGUUAGGGAGAAAACAAAUAGAAUAGAAGUAAAUUAUUAUUUGGAAAUCAAUAAAAUUCCAAUAACUAAAGAUGAUUAUGAAAGAGAUUGGAAUAAUGCAUUUGAAAUGGAGUAUUUGGAUUUGCUUGAUAAAAUUGAAUUCGAAUACGCGAACGCUUAUCUCGAAUAUAAAGAAAAUAAGUCUAAAUAUAAUUCAAAUGGAGUUGAAAAGAAAAAUAUAAAUAAACCAAAACUAGUAAUAGACGAGGUUAAAAUCAAAGCUGACACAGAAACUUUAGUAGAUAGGAUAUUAGAGAAAGAUAAGAUAGGAAUAACUUUGAAAUGUAAAAAACAUAUGAAAGAUUUAUUAAAACCUGUUCAUGUUUUAGGAUCCAAUGAUUAUUAUUUCAAGAUAUACGUAGAUGAUGUUUUUGUAUGCCAAUCAGAACUGUUCACUUUUGAAGAUUUUGUGCACAGUUUGAAAAUAUCAGAAACAUUUUCCGUUCAAAUAUUACCAAAGAACAAAAUCCUUAUCAUUAUUUUGUAUGAAAAUGAUAUUCAGGUUUCGUCUACAGAUUUGAGUAUAGAAGAAAUUAAAAAGAACAUAACGCAAGCGGAUGUUAAACCGUAUAAUUUUACCUAUGCUGACUAUGUUAUACCACCAAGUAAUAAAUACGUAGGCAGUGGUUUUAGUAUAAAAGAAAUAGCAACAGAAAACAAAGUGAGAUUAAAAAGCGGGAAUUUAUUUAAAGGUAAAUUAAACACAGCUUGCGAGGUUAACAUGAAGAUAGGUUGGAAUGAAAAAUUUAACGAAAAUAGUCACGAAGCUGUGUUAAACUCAAUUCAGGUAGAGAAAGAAAUUAAACGCUAUUUAAACGGCAUAGAUAAACCGAACAUUAAUAAUUUAAUACAAAUGAUAAAUUAUUUAUACGAUCGCAAUAUAGAAAAUGAUGAAAAAGUUGUAAAUUCUUUAAAGAAAAUAUGUAGAAUUAGGGUAAAAAAUGAAUACGUGUUUGCUAUUGAUGAAAACAGUGAUGAAAGUAUUAGACUUAGGUUAUUACUCUUAAGGAAUAAGGGUGGCUUUGUUAAUAUUGAGAAGAAAUUGGUACCUCUGUUCUCUAGUCAAAUUUCUACAGAGCAAUUGAGCACUUUACAGCGGACCAACCGACUGAUAGACUUACACAACUUUGAUGAUAGCGAAGACAUAGAUCCUAUUGAUUUACAAAGAUAUUUAGGUCUUAAAUAUAUUCAAGGGUUGAAUGAAAAUGUGCAAAGAACCGUUAACGAAUUUCUUCUUCAGAAAACACACCGAGAUGUGGUUAAGGAUUUUAAAGAUUUAAGUUUAAGAGGCAUUUUAUCAAACCAAAGUAAUUUGAUGUCAAUGUCGAUCUCCUCUCAUGUAACGAGAAAUCAGAUAUUAAGGGAGUGUGAAUCCACGGAACAAGAAAUACAAGCGACAGUUUUGAGAGCUUUCAAUCUACCAGACAGGGCUGCUGAUUUGUUGACUGAAAAUGAGGAUGAGGACACCGAGAGGAUUGCUGGCUUUAAAGUACGUCCAUUACGACCGUACGUGAGGUUGAGUUACCACGGUACAUCAGCGCAGAGCGCGCCGGGCAUUGGUUGCUACCCCUCUUGGAACCAGACCUUGAAGAUAAGGACUAAAUUUAGUCCGUUAUCGUCAAUACAUGUGAACGUGUACGACGAGUGCAAAGUGAGCGCGAGGUCAGUGCAGGAUGCGUCCGGCAGCGAACAGCACCGCUGUGGGCGUUGGCUCGCAAAGUUGGUGCUACCUCUCACUACGGUGCUGAACCAAGGAACACUCCGGGGUACUUUUAAAUUAACAACACCGCCAUUGCUAAUAGGCUAUGAGAACUCAUCCGAACCGAACGAGGCCAGGUCUCUGAUACCGCAAGUGAAGAGAAUGAUAAAGAAAGACAUUUGUUUCCUCACAUUACAAAUUACGACAAGUUUGUCGCAUCUCGGCGAAGUACAAACUUACACACAACCAAUUCCUAAUGUCUCCAAUGAUGAUCGGACUAUAAAACAUCUAAAUUAUUUUCUUACUGGUUAUCUAAACGAGUUUCCUUCUAGAAGUAUAUCUUUAACUUAUGUAGGUAGUUCAGGAAAAAAUAUAUGUGUCACAGAAUUUCUACAACCUAUACCGAUACCGGAUUUGGAAUGGUUUCCAAAGAAUCCAAAGAGACCAGGAUCUGCGCUAUCUAAAAGCUCGGGACAUUCAAAAAGCUCUUCUAAAAGUAGUGGAAAGACUAAUGAACUGAGUUCUCCUCUAAAAGAAGAAAAAGUGAACGCCUACAGUGGUUUCGAUGAGAGUUGGAGAAGUGAAGAUAGUCAGUUAUCCAAAGCGUUGAACUUCUGCAUUAGAUAUGUAGCGUUGAUACCGACGUACGAAGUUCCAGGGACUGAAAUUAUUACAUUGACAGGAUCGGAAUUGCUACAAGUUCUCAAUGGCUCUCCGACUGAUCACACGAUACUCCUGGCCAGUUACUUCCUUCACCUAGGCAUCAAGUGCUGGGUAGUGACAGGUUUAGCUUUACCUCGCGGCUUGAGUACAUACCUACUAGUAAAAUAUGAUCUCAUAACACGUAAAUAUACAACAGGCGAAGAUCAAGUUUACAAAAGUCGAGGAUUCUUUAAAAAGAGCGAUGACUUCGUAUGGCACGUUUAUGAUGCGGUUAGUGGUGAACAGUUUGAAUUGAGAGACGUCGCUUGUCCUCUUAAGACGGUAUUCUUUGUGUUUGACGAGUACAAUAUAUGGGUUAAUAUUCAGUCAUCACAAGACUGCCAAACUGUUUCCUUUGAUUUUUCUAAAUCAUCAGAUUGGCAACAGGUAUUUGACACACCAAGACAGUUUGUCAGUCAGCCAGUGAGAUGUGUGAGGGAGAUGUACCGCGCGCCGAGCGAUGUCUGCAGACUGCAGGACUCGCUCGAGGCUAAGCUAAUGACCAAGGUGCAGAAAUGGCGACCUCGCACUAAAACUGUUUGGAACAGAUAUUACUGCACGUUGCUACGGGAGACUUUACCCCAAUGGGAGUACUGGUCCUUCGACACGACGGAUCGUAGACCCGAGCCGGGUCACAGGUUAAAACAACUUAUGGCUACAUACAAGAUCUUCGGGUUCCCUUUGAACAUGCACUACAUCAAUGCAAAGUCAGUGUUGGCGAAUGUCAAGGCGACAUCAGUGCACGUCAACGAUGACCCUAAUGUAGAAUUCGCGCUCGCUGUUCAAAUUUACGCUUACCCUAAUAACGUGAUCAGUUUGUGGGUUUACUUAGCUAGUAUUACUAGGAUAUAA